CUCUUGCGCAGGCGCGCUGCCCGCUUCUUCGGGGCGGACGCUCCCCAGGCGAAAGAUUUCGCUUACCCGGGGCCGACGACCACGCUCUCGAGUGGCCGGCGGCAGCGCCAGCAUCCUCGCCGGCGACCAUGGCCUCCAGGUGCAUCAGCCAGGAGACCUUCGACGCCGCCGUGCGCGAGAACAUCGAGGAGUUUGCCAUGGGGCCCGAGGAGGCGCUGAAGGAGGCCGUGGAGCAGUUUGAAUCCCAAGGGGUGGACCUGAGCAACAUCGUGAAGGUGGCACCGAAGCUGUCUGCAGACGGACUCCAGGAGCCCACCCACGAAGUCCUGAGGGCCCUGGACGACCUGCGGGAGUCUCUGAGCUGCUCCCGCCCACUGGAGGUGGCCGCCCACCUCAGCCAGUUUUGCGAUCAGUGCAAGCAACACAAGGGCAGCCGCUUCCUGGCAGCCCAGAAGGGCGCCUACCCCACCGUCCUUGCCGCCUGCAAGCUGGCUGCGGCCGGCGACGCAAACCUCCUGCUCCCGGCCCUCAACGCCCUCUCGGCCCUGACGGAUGGCCAGCCUGACCUCCUGGACACCCAGGGCCUGCAGCUGCUGGUGGCCACGCUGGCCCAGAAUGCCGACGCGGCCGACCCCACCUGCUCGGGGAUCCGCUGCGUGCGCCACGCCUGCCUGAAGCAUGAGCAGAACCGGCAGGGCCUGGUGAAGGCCGGCGUGCUGCCCCUGCUCACCGGGGCCAUCGCCCGGCACGGCGGCCACGCCGGCGUGGUCAGGGAGGCCUGCUGGGCCCUGCGUGCCGUGACCUUGGACGACGACAUCCGUGUGCCCUUCGGCCGCGCCCACGACCACGCCAGGAUGAUCGUGCAGGAGCACGGAGGCUUGAAGGUGCUCAUCGAGGCCGCCAAAGCGUUCCCCGACGACCCCGGCGUCCUGAGCGAGCUCUGCAGCACCCUGUCGCGCCUGGCCGUGCGCAACGAAUUCUGCCAGGAGAUUGUGGACCUCGGGGGCCUCGCCAUGCUGGUGACGCUGCUGGCCGACGGCAGCGACCACCAGGAUCUGGUGAAGCACGCGCUGAGCGCCCUGCGGGCCAUCGCGGGCAAUGACGACGUAAAGGACGCCAUCGUGCGCGCCGGCGGCACCGCGUCCAUCGUGGCUGCCAUGACCCGGCACCUGGCCAGCCCCCAGGUGUGUGAGCAGAGCUGCGCGGCCCUGUGUGUGCUGGCCCUGCGCAAGCCGGAGAACAGCCGGGUCAUCGUGGAGGGCGGCGGGGCCCUGGCGGCGCUGCGGGCCAUGAAGGCGCACCCACAGGAGGCCGGCGUACAGAAACAAGCCUGCAUGCUGAUCCGCAACCUGGUGGCCCGCAGCCAGGCCUUCUCCAAGCCCAUCCUGGAGCUGGGGGCCGAGACGCUCAUCGCCCAGGCCCGGGCGGCCCACCGGGACUGCGAGGACGUGGCCAAGGCCGCCCUGCGGGACCUGGGCUGCCACGUGCAGCUGCGGGAGCUGUGGACCGGCCAGAAGGGCAACCUGGCGCCGUGACCGGGGCGGGUCCUGCUGCUCCCCCAAGUCCACCCCCUGCCCCACCCCUGCAGCGAGAUGUUUCUGGAAGGAAUCUGGCUCUGUGGGGGCGUCUCCGGCUGGCAGCAGCCCCUGGGCCGGCAUCCCCCCGCACCCCCCCCCCCGCCCUUCUCAUCUCCUGCGGACAGGGGGCCGCCCCGCUGCCCCCUGCCCAGUCUCAGAGCCGGGCUGGCAUUCUGGCACCUGUUCCCACGACUCCAGGCCGCUGCUCCCCACUGUCCUCAUCUGUAAGAUGGGUCUCAGACGCCUCGCUCUGCUGGCCAGGAGGCAGGGAGCAGGCUCAUCUGUGUCUGGGGUCUGGGCAUGGGAAGGGGCGGAUGCCGUGGCGUAGGGGGCUAAGCCUCCGCCUGCAGAGCGGCAUCGCAUAGGGCGCUGGUUCUAGUCCCGGCUGCUCCUCUUCCGAUCCAGCUCUCUGCUAUGGCCUGGGAAAGCAGUAGAAGAUGGCCCAAGUCCUUGGGCCCCUGCACCUGCGUGGGAGACCCAGAGGAAGCUCCUGGCUCCUGGCUUCUGAUCAGCCCAGCUCUGGCCAUUGAGGCCAUUUGGGGAUUGAAUCAGUGGAUGGAAGACCUCCCUCUCUCUGUAACUCUGCCUCAAAUAAAUAAAUAAAUCUUAAAGGAAAAAAAAAA